GCGUUCCGUAGCUGUGGUGUUGUGAUGCUGCAGGUAGUAAACGUGUGCGCUCACAUGGCUAAACGACCGUAAAACAAAACGUGACAAUGUUGGCGACGUUGUGGAGGGUGACACGUUCACGGUGGCUUUCUCCGGACGUACUUGUAGGGAACAUAUCAGCGUGGAGGCCGAGGGUCCCCGGUGGGGUCAGAGAGGUCAGAGAGGUCAGCACCUCCUGCUCGCUGUGCGCCAAGGUCCGAGAACACCCGAAGAAGAAAGAGCUGUCUGAAAAGAAACUGACCCGUCACUUUGUAGACCAUCGUCGUGUGAAGCUGUUGGCUGGAUCAGGCGGCAAAGGGGCCUGCAGCUUUCACAGCGAGCCGCGAAAAGAGUGGGGCGGACCAGACGGAGGGAAUGGAGGUGAUGGAGGAAGCAUCGUUAUCAAAGCGGACAAAUUUGUCAAAUCGUUGGCGCAAGUGGUUCCGGUUUACAAGGGAGAAGACGGACAAUCAGGGGGAAACAAGAACUGUUACGGCAAGAAUGGCGGCCCAACUUAUAUUUCUGUUCCAUUAGGCACCGUGGUGAAGGAAAAUGGAGAGACAGUAGUGGACCUUUCUGAGCACGGACAGGAGUAUCUGGCUGUGUUUGGAGGGGCCGGCGGGAAGGGGAAUCGAUUCUUUCUUUCCAAUGAGAACCGCGCCCCGAUGAGCGCAACCCCGGGGAUAACGGGCCAGGAGAGGCUCCUUCACCUAGAGCUCCGCACCAUGGCCCACGCUGGCCUGGUGGGGUUUCCUAACGCUGGGAAAUCCUCUUUGUUGAGAGCCAUCUCCAACGCUAGGCCUGCUGUGGCUGCUUACCCUUUCACAACACUCAAUCCACAUGUAGGAAUCGUCAACUACAGGGAUCACGAGCAAGUUGCAGUUGCUGACAUCCCAGGCAUCAUUCGGGGGGCCCAUCUAAAUCGAGGCCUCGGCAUCUCCUUCCUGCGUCACAUAGAGCGCUGUCCUUUCCUCCUCUAUGUUCUGGACCUGUCUACUCCGGAGCCCUGGACCCAGCUGCAGCACUUGCGUUAUGAACUGGACCAGUAUGAACCUGGUCUUUCCCAGCGGCCCCAGGCCAUCAUAGCCAACAAAAUGGACCUACCAGAGGCCCGGGAGAAGAUAGAGACUCUAAAGAGCCUCGUCACCCAGCGGGUCAUCCCCGUGUCGGCUCUCACGGGUCAGAACACAGAGGAGCUCAUCCUCCACCUCAGAGAGCUUUAUGACAGCUACCUUCUAGGAGAAGGCAGUGGGGAAAGAAAACCUGCUCGGUGGUAGUAAAAAUGUCCUCUUGCUGAAUUGAUAUUGUAAUGAUAUAUAUUUAUACUGGAAGAUAUAGAAUGUAUUCAAAUUGCUCAAUAAAUACA